AUGCCGCAGCGCCUUCGCUCGGUCUGCUCAGUCCCCGGCGACUCGGACGACGACCCGCUGCGCCCGCCGUUCACCACCUCUCGCGCCGAGGCCCAGUUCGCCAAGCAGUACGCCAACCUGUACUGGCUGCGCCUCGUCGUGCAGCGCAAGCGCGUCCUCGAGCGCGCACGGAAACGCUGGGUCGAGGGCUCGGGGCUCGAAGGCGCCAAGUCGCCACCGCAGCAUGUCAAGCGCCUGCUCGAGGUCGAGAACGGCAAGCUGUGCUACGUCGUCGGGACCGUCUACGUCGACAUGCCGCUCAAGCCCAACGUCCUCGAGGACCUCGCGCGCGACCACCACAUCACGGCCCCGUCUACGCGCCGCAAGUUCCACUCGGCUUCAGACGAGGUCAUGCUCGAGGACGAGAGCGGUCGGGUGCGUCUCGUCGGCAAGAAGAUCGACGAUGCCGAGGGGACCUUCGUGACCGGCACGAUCAUGGCGGCCCUCGGUGCCGAGACGUCGUCGGGCGACUUUGACGUGUGGGACUACUGCUUCGCGGGCAUGCCCCACCAGGAGCCGCUCGCGCCGCCGACGCCCGAGGGCGAGUGGGUCGCCAUCGCGAGCGGCCUCGAAAUGGGAGGCGCCAACGCCGUCGCCGAUGUGCGGGCCGAGCUUAUGGCCGAGUGGCUCCUCGGCGAGGCAGGAGGCGACGAGGACGCGGACGAGGCGACCCGCGUGACGAGGCUCAUCCUCGCCGGCAACUCGCUCGCGCAGCCGGACCUUAGCGCCCUCGACGACGAGCCCAAGAAGAAGCGCUACGGCUACGACUCGACGCUCUACACGGCUAAGCCGACCGACACGCUCGACGCCUUUCUCGCCCAGCUCGCGCCGUCACUCGCCGUCGACCUCAUGUCGGGCGAGACGGACCCUGCCGAGCCGACGAUGCCGCAACAGCCCCUGCAUGCCGCCAUGCUGCCUCAAGCGGCCGCGUUCGAGGGCUUUGCCGGGCGCACCAACCCGUUCUGGUGCGACAUUGGCGGCGCGAGCUUCUUCGGCACGUCGGGCCAGACGAUCGACGACAUCUUCAAGUACCUCGAGAGCGAGGACCGGCUCGGCGUCGUCGAGCAGACGCUCGAGUGGUCCCACGUCGCGCCGACCUGCCCCGACACACUCUGGUGUUACCCUUUCACCGACCGCGACCCGUUCAUCCUGCACCAGGCGCCGCACGUCUACUUCAUCGGCAACCAGCCUGCGUUCUCGACACGGUUGGUGCAGGGCACCGACGGCAAGAGGGUGCGCAUUGUGCUCGUACCACGGUUCAAGGAGACGGGUGAAGUGGUGCUGGUCAACACGGCGACGCUCGAGGUCAGGGUUCGGUCUUUCGAGGCGCUUGAGGCAUAG